UAUCAGAGAAAUGUAAUUUCAGUAAAUCAUGUCAGACACUUCAUCUUCGGAGGAAGAAACCUCCCUGUCCUCUUCUAGCUCCUCCGAGGAGGAUAAACGGAGGAAAAAGAGGAAGGAGAAGAAGAAAAAGAAGAAGAGAGAUGAAUCCUCCUCCGACAGUUCAAGAUCAAGAUCCAGAUCAGAAAGGCGUAAGAAAAAAUCCAAGAAGAGUAAAAAGAAGAAGAAAAAGAAGCAGAAGAAGAGAAGGAAAUCAACCAGCUCAAGCAGUUCCGAAAGUGGAAUUCAGGCAGAAAAGAAGAAAGCUUGGGGUCUCGUGGAAGAUCGAGACGAUGACGAUGACGAUGAUGAUGAAAACGAGGAAAAGGGAAACGACGUAGACUCUUCUGAUCUUGACAUAAACACAAUGCUGGAGGAAAUUGAAGAAAAUUUAAAUUUAGAGGAGUUGAUGAAACAAAAAGAAAUCAUUCAAAGAAAGCUUGGACUCGAGGGCAUUGAAGGAAUAUCAGAUACUGAGCUGGAGAACAACGAUGGAGCUAACCCUCUUCCUCAACCAGAAAAGGUUGAACACGAGUGUGUAUCUAUCCAUAGUGAUGAGGAACCUGAGUGUGUUGAGAUUAAGAGUGAUUCCGACGUUGAGCAUUUAAUACAGAUGGACAGGAGACGGGAUAAACAGCACUCCAGGCAUAAUCCGAACAAGGACAGACUCCGAGAGAAGUGGAAGGUUGGACGGGAUAAGGACAGAAGAAGGAACAGGGACGAGGACAGGAGGGACAGGGACAGGAGGGAUAUCAGGGACGGGAGGGAUGGCAGGGAUAGGUUCAGAACAGAGUAUGAUAGGAACAGGAGAGAUAGGGGUAGAGACAGAGAUCGUCGGGAUAAUUAUGAUCGGCGUGACAGGGAUCGCCGUGACGGUGAUAUGGAUAGAGAUGGCAAGGGAAAGGAAGAGGUAAAACCUGAAAGUUCAUCAGAAGAGUUGGAUAUUGAUAUUGAAAGUGAUGAAAUGGAUGAGGAGGCGAUCAUUGAAAAGAGAAGAAAAGAAAGAGAAGAGCUGUUAAAGAAAUUACAGUCUGACAAGGUUGUUCCCGCCCCCCGAGCUGUGACUCCUCCAGAAGUCAAGAUUGUUCAAAGUCUGCAGGAGAUAGAGUGGGAGAAGAAGGAGAAGGAGGCGCUGAACAGGAAGAAUGAGCUGGAGAAGAAGGAGGUGGAGGAGAGGAAGAGGAAGGAAAGGAGUGGCAGUGAAGAAGAAACGAGGAAAAGACGAAGAUCGUCCGAGAGUUCGAGUGGAGAUGAGAAGAGGAAAAAACAUAAAAAGAACAAGAAAAAGAAGAAGAAGAAGAAGAAGAAGGGAAGUAGUUCUGAAUCGGAGGAUGAGCAGGAUGAGAAGGAGAAGAAUGAAGAUCAUCCAGAUGAACUUUUAGAUGAGAACAAGCCUGUUGUAGAGGAGAAGGCUGUUGAUAUGUUUUCUGAAGAUAUGUUUGCAGAUGAAUUCAGUACUCCGACAGGAGGGCAUAAACUUAUUCAAAACCAGAAUACCGAGAAUCCCAACCUGACGGAUAACUGGGACGACGCCGAAGGUUACUACAGGGUUAGAAUUGGUGAGACCUUGGAUGGGCGGUACAAUGUAUUCGGGUAUACUGGUCAGGGGGUCUUCAGUAACGUAGUGAGAGCACGUGACAGUGUGCGUGGUAAACAAGAGGUGGCAAUCAAGAUUAUCAGGAAUAACGAGAUCAUGCACAAAUCUGGUCUGAAGGAGAUGGAACUGUUACGACGAGUUAAUGAUACGGACGCCGACGAUAAAUACCAUUGUAUCCGACUGUUCAGACACUUCUUCCACAAGAACCACUUGUGCAUGGUGUUUGAGCCUCUGGCCAUGAACCUGAGGGAGGUGCUGAAGAAGUACGGGAAGAAUGUCGGACUUCACAUUAAAGCUGUUCGAUCAUACGCCCAACAGCUUCUUUUGGCAUUGAAGAUAAUGAAGAAAUCCAACAUUAUUCACGCUGAUAUAAAACCUGACAACAUUCUGGUGAACGAAUCGAAACUUCUCCUAAAACUUGCUGAUUUUGGAUCUGCUUCCCACGUGGCCGAGGGGGAAAUUACGCCGUAUCUAGUCUCCAGAUUUUACCGAGCUCCUGAGAUUAUUCUGGGGAUGAAAUAUGAUUUCCAAGUUGAUCUUUGGUCAACUGGAGCCACAAUAUACGAACUGUGUACAGGUAAAAUAAUGUUUCCUGGAACAACGAACAAUCAUAUGCUGAAGCUGUUCAUGGACUUCAAGGGGAAGAUACCGAACAAGAUCAUCAGGAAAGGACAAUUCAAAGAUCUACAUUUUGAUCAGAACUGCUGUUUCCUCUACCAUGAUAUAGACAAGGUAACACAACGUGAGAAGAUCGUGAAUAUGCCGGUUGUGAACAAGACACGGCAUUUAGACUCAGAGCUCACCGGAGGGAAUAAGCUGCCUGAAGAUCAACUCCGAAAGAUAAAACAGUUAACAGACUUCUUGGAGAAGAUUCAUCUCCUGGAUCCUGCAAAGAGGAUUAGUUUAAACCAGUGUCUUUCUCAUCCGUUCAUCCAGGAUAGAGCAUAGGUUUUGGUUUUGGCCACCAGACGACAGAGAAGAGUUUUUUACUAUUUCUAUAAAUUAUUUCUACCACUUUCCGUUUCAACUUUUUUGUAUUGUUACAAUAGUUAUUUGUUUAAUUUGCUUUUUGUUAAAUUUCAACAAUUUUUUUUCUCUGUAUUUGCACCGUUUUAAGCAUGUAAACUAAAUUAUGUACAACAACUUGUUAAGGUUCGAUAAUUUAGAUGUACACUGUACAUAAAACAAAGAAUAAUAUUUUGAUACAUUCUGAACUUUUUGUCAGUUUUUCAUUAUCAAUAUUACUAUUGUUAUGCUGAAAUUAUUCCUCGAAUUAUUUUGAUAAUGAUUUGUAUUUGUUGAAACACUGGCGUCAUUGUAUACAAUGUACAUAGUUGUACUCAUGAACUAUCGGUGUACUGUAUUGCAGA